GAAGGCAUCCGACCAAUCAGAGCGCAGGCGCUGCCGCCAUGCUUCGCGCGGGCGGAAAUUGGACGAAAGCUUCGCGCGCGGGGACAAGCCGUAGAGCAACGGCCGCGAGCUCAGGCGGGUGGACGAUAAUGGUUAGGUCGCUCGACCGUGCCCUCAGUUGAAAUGGCGACCUCCGUUGCUUCACUCACUUGGAAUUGGCGGCCGGGAGGCUCCCUGCGUUCGGCCGCAGAGCGAGUCGGGAAACGAUUUUAAACUGCGGUGGCGGCCGGGGGGGAAAAACUGCAUCUUCCCAAGGGCGGGGUUCCGCAGCUGGCCUGGCCACCCGUAGGGCUCCGGUGGAGAGAGCGAGUUGGGACACACUGUCCUUUGCCUUUCCCCUCCGCGGGCGGUGGCCGACUCAGCAGGAGCGAGCGUCGCAGACCUGGGUGACAGCGUAAUGUCCCUCCGGGUGAAGUCACAGGGCUCUCCUGACGUCUGAAGGAGCGGAGGUCUUUACCGGGCACGUUUGUGUCCCCGGUGAACCCGCUUGUGGAGCACGAGCGAAUCUGGAAGGGCCAGGUGUUCCUCCGGUCUCUCUCUCAGCUGCCAUUUGGGUGACUUUCUUACUUCAGGGGAUUUCAGUCUCUACGUAGUUUUGGAUCCAGACUUGAAGCAUGAUUCGUGAAGCCGGCCUGGGUGACAGCGUCAUCACAGCAUUUCAUUGAUCAUGGAUUCUCAUGAUGCACCAGAAUCAACUCCUAGACAGGGUGCACCCUCGAGGCUUAAAGAUUAUUUCAUAGGUGCCACUCCUCUGCAGAAACGAUUAGAAUCAGCCAGGAAGCUGACGUCAUUUGUCCCGACUCCACCUCGAAGGAAAAUUCCCCAGUGUCCACAGUUGCAGGAAGAUGUUGAACCUCAAAAGGUUGCAUUCCUUCUGCAUAAGCAAUGGACUUUAUAUAGUUUAACUCCCCUAUAUAAAUUCUCUUAUACUAAUCUCAAGGAAUAUUCUAAACUUCUGAGUGCAUUUAUUACUGCCGAAAAGCAAAAAGGUCUUGCCGUGGAAGUCGGGGAAGACUUCAACAUCAAAGUGACUUUCUCCGCUCUCCUGGGAAUGAAAGGGACACAGAGAGACCCGGAAGCAUUUCUUGUCCAGAUUCUGUCAAAAUCUCAGUUGCCAUCUGAGAACGGAGAAGGUAAAGUGUUAUGGUCCGGUUGGUUCUGCUGCGUGUUUGGGGACAGUCUUCUGGAGACGGUUUCAGAAGACUUCACCUGUCUGCCCUUAUUCCUCGCACAUGGAGCAGCGGGUAAUACAGCCAUAAUCGGGACCUGGUUUCAGAAAACUUUCGACUGUUCUUUCAGUCCUUUAGCAAUCAACGCGUUCAAUCUUUCCUGGAUGGCCGCCAUGUGGACCGCGUGCAAAAUGGACCAGUACGUGGCUGCUACUGAAUUUCUUUGGUCUGUACCCUGUAGCCCUCAAAGUCUGGACAUUUCUUAUGCCAUACAUCCAGAGGAUGCAAAAGCUUUGUGGGACAGUGUCCACAAAACACCUGGGGAAGUUACCCAGGAAGAAGUUGACUUAUUCAUGGACUGCCUUUAUUCACAUUUCUAUAGGCAUUUCAGAAUUCAUUUAUCAGCCACAAGAUUGGUUCGGAUUUCAACAUCUGUAGCGUCAGCACAUACCGAUGGAAAAAUAAAGAUUCUGUGUCAUAAAUACCUUAUUGGAGUGUUGGCAUAUUUGACAGAACUGGCAAUUUUUCAACUUGAGCAAGGCCUUGUGGGGACUAUAAGGUAUGGAUUAUAUACCUUUUUCUCAUUGAUUAUUUGCCUAAUUGCCAAGCCGGGAGGGACUGCCAGAGGAGUGGACAUCCAUCUCUGCGUGUUUCCUCACAGUGCCUCUGGAGCCGCCUGGGCGGAAGCUGAGAGGGACCUAAUAUACGAGGAGGGCGAAGGUGGUGGUGGACGAGCCACAGCCAAGUGUUCGUGUGACACCCGUGUGGAUCCAGGACGCCAGUCUUUAGAAAAUGCUGAGUUGUUUGUUCCUCAUCUUUCUAAAAAAUAUGUGAUGGUUAUUAUUUCAAACUUUUAGGAUUCAAAUGAGAUAUCUUUAAUAUUGACUGUUUCUGGUUUGGGUCUUUAAAACCUUUAAUCCCUUUUAAGUAUUUAGACUUGCAUUCAGAGAGAAGUUCUGUCUUGUGAAGACAUUUUCCUAGCACCAUUUUGCUGUAGAGGACUAGCAAUCAAAAAAUCCUCUCCAAAAGAAACUAAAGAUGAAUAUAGAUUUUUUCUAGCCACUAAUAUGCUUCUGUUUUUAAUAUUCAAUUCUUAUUGCAGUGUUGAAUUAAAUAUUUACUUUUAAAAUGAAGCAGCGCGUUUAUCAGUGUCUUGGUGACAGAUCUUUAGUUAACGUCUUAGGAAUGGGAAGUCAUGGGCUUUUUCUCCAGCACAAAGUUUACAAGCCGACAAUUAUAUAGAUCUUACAUAUUGUAGAGUUGAAAGGCACCUGUGAGCUGCUUUUGAGGACAAAGAUUUUCUUGUUUAACUUUCAUGUCCCUAAUUUUGAUUUAGCAGAACGCUUGGUAAAUAUCUGUAGACUAAAUGAAUUUUAACCAACUUGUCCAUUUUAUAGGUGGAAACUGUGAGAUCAGCAAGUGAGGUAAUAUCGAAAUCUCUUCUUAUUACUAACUGAGCAUAAGAAGGUUUCGUCUUACUUUAGAAACAAUGUUUUUUUAAGAAUCUUGUUUGGAGGAGAGUAACAGGAAUAGGCUGUCUUUCUAAACACAGAGGUUAACUUCUGCAGUGUGGUAUUCAUAUAUACGAGGGGCAGCAGAGGUGGUAGGAAAAGCGUGGAGUUUGGAGUCGAACGUUCCUUAAUUCAGCCAAUCUUAAGCGUCGACUGUGGACUUAGAAUCGUGUUGGGUAAUGGGGAUAUAACGGUGAAGACUCAAAUCCCAGUCUUGUGGAAAUCCUGUUCCAGUGGAGGGAGGCAAAGGUGGAUGUGGAGGUGAGUGCUCCAGAGAAGGCAGUGUGUGUGACGUGAAAGAGGGUGGGUGGCACGGGGCUUGUCAAAGAAGGUCUCUCUGAGGAAGUGACGUUGGAGCUGAGUCUUGGAUGAUAAGGAACCAGCCACGUCGUUUGAGGAAGGGCGUGCCAGACAGAUGAACUGGCAGGAGCAAAGGCCUCGAGGUAGGUACGAGCUGGGUCUGCUUGAGGAACAAAGGGAACCCCCGUGGCUGGAGCCCAGUGAGUGAAAGGGGGGUCACGUGAGAUGAGAUGGGACACUGCGGGAGAGACUUCUUCCACGGCGUGAUGUCUCUUGGCCUCUGGCUGGGCACGUGGCUGCGCAGAAUAAAGAUGACAUUUUCCGCAGCAUAUAAGGAAGUAGGUAGAGCUUCCAAGAAUCUUCCUUAGAACAGCAGGCAUGUGCCCCUCGCCCUUUCCUUAUUCUUCCAACUUUGCUGCUUGGAACACGCAUAUCGGCUGGUACCCUACCUGCUCUUGUAGGUCCCAGGGAUGAAGUCAGGUCCUAGGCAUCCGGGAACAUGGCCUGGAAGGAGUUUGUGCCCCGAGGACUUCUUGAAGCUGAACCCCAGUGCCAGUUUUGGGUGGUCUUCCUCCAGACUUGUGUGUCAGAGAAGUAAACCUCCAUCUUGUUUAAGCUUUUGGUUUUUGGGGUCUCUUGCUCAUAACCAAACCUAAUCCUGAUACAGAGAGGCAGGAUCCACAUCGUCUAAGUUUUUAUAGGUACUGGGAAGAGAUUGGGUUUUAUUCUCAAUGCAAUCGGAAGCCACUGGAGUUUUAAAGCAGGAGAGUAAUGCGACCCCACUUGCAUUUUAUAUGAGGGAGAAUGAGCCAUAGGCAGACAGGAGUGGAAGAGGUUACAAGGUUGUUAGAAAUGGUACGACCUCUACGGAGAAGUUAGCAGUAUCUUACCAAAAUUAUGUGUGAUUCACUCCUUGACCACCAAUCCCACGUCUAGGAUUCUAUCUGCAAAUUCGCUGGCAAAAUACAAAAUGAGGCAUUACAAGGCUAUUCAUUACAAGAGUGUUUGUAACAAACAGUAAGGUUAAAAACAGUGCAAACACCCAUCAGAGGCCGAUUGGUUGCAUACGUUAUGGGUCAGCCGCCCAGCGAGUUACUACCAGGCAACUAUAGAGAGAGAGGUUUGAGGAGGUGGCUAACACUGCCCCAGAGUGAGGGCCAGGAGAAGCCAUGUGAAAGGGCAGAAUGGGGGCACGGAGUGCAUGGCACUGCUCUCUUUUACGGAAGGAAUGGGAGGAUAUGAGUACGUGUGUGUAUUUAUGCUUUUAAAGAAAUAUGGAAGGAUAAACCCGAAAUUAAAGUGGUUACUAAUAGGGAAGAGACUGGGUCAGAGGGGACAGAAAUGACAGUUAAGGUUUAUCUGUAUGUUCCUGGUUUAUACGGUUUCAAACACAACUGUGUAAGUGUUUUAUACAAUUAUGAAACAAUUAGGUCAAAAAGAAAAAAAACCCCAAAGCAUUCCUUAAAAAUUGAAAACAAAUGGACCUGGGUAUAUCAUUCAUGCUAUAAUCACACAAAGAAUUAUUUUUAGUAUCUUUAAACACUACUGUUUUGACUGCGUCAGUGGGCUAGGAAAAGACGAGCAGCAAAGGAACCUUAAAUCGCAUUGUUAUGUUUUUAUUAAUAAAUUUGGCAUUAUUUUACCACUAUUUAUAAGAUGAAGCAUAUGUAAUUAUAACAAUAUUAGGAAUGAAAAAUUUCAGUAUAAAAGAUAUACAAUUGUAAAAUCAGAUAAGCUUAAGUAAAAACUAUUAAAUUGGAAAUAUCAGAAUGAACUCAUUUUUUGAAAUGCAGUUUUUAAUUUUGAUGAAGUCCAAGUUAUCAAUUUUUUUAUUUCUUGUGUUUUGGUGUUACAUCUAAGAAGUCAUUGCUUCACCUGAAUUACCGAAGAUUUGCUCCUAUGUUUUCUUCUAAAGAUUUUAUAAUUUUAGCUCUUAAAUUUAGGUAAUCCGUUUUAAUUCUUAUGUAUGGCAUGGGUAAGCAUCUAAAUGUAUUAUUUUGCAUAUGGAUAUUCAUUUCCAGCACCAUUUAUUGAAAGGACUAUUAUUUUCCCGUUGAAUUGUCUGUCACCUCUCUUAAGAAUCAGUUGGCCAGAGAUGUUCAUUUCCAGACUCAAAGUUGUAUUUAUGUUGGUCCUUAUGUCAGUGCCACACUGUCUUGAUUACUGUGGAUGUGUAGUGUGUUUUGAAAUCAGGAAGUAUACAUCUUCCAGCUUCAUCCUUUUUUUCAAGAUUGCUAUGGCUAUUCUGGGUCUUUUACAUUUGUAUAAGAAUUUUAGGAUCAGUUGGUCAAUUUCUGUAAAAAAGUUAGCUGGGAUUUUGAUAGUGAUUGUGUUGAAUGUGUAGAUCAGUUUGGGGAGUAUUGCCAUGAUAAUUAAAUUAAAUCUUCCAGUCUAUGAGUAUGGGGUAUCCUUCUAUUUAAAUCUUUUCAAAAUUUUCUUCAACAAUGUUUUAUAGUCUUCAGCAUACAAAUAUUGUACUUUUUGGGGGGUUAAAUUUAUUCCUAAUAUUUUAGUCUUUUUUAUGCUAUUGAGAAUGGAAUUGUUUUCUUAAUUUCAUUUUCUGGGCUUUUGUUGCUAGUGCAAGAAAUACAAUUGAUUUUGUAUAUCGCUCUUGUAUCCUGUGACCUCACUUGUUUAAUCUAAUUUUCAAUGAAUUCCUUAAGGUUUUCUAAGUACAAGAUUGGUGAAUAAAGACAGUUUUACUUUUUAAUUUCAA